AUGGCCUGGAUCAGCGGCCGCCCUCCGCCCCCGGGGAGGAGCCCGCCGCCGGGAGAGGCGGGGGCCGUCGCUCCGCCUCCGCCCCCUCAGGCUCGGGCGCCGGCGGAGAGCCGCCGGCCCGGCGGGGCGUGCAAAGAGGCGCAAACGAGUCCGCGGCCCCGGGGGACGGCCUUCUGCCCGCCGCGCGGCCGAGGCCCGAGCGCCCCCGCCUGCCCCGGGCUCCCUCCGGGGACCCGCGCCUCGGGGCUCCACACCUCAGGCGACGGCGGGGGCGGCGUUAGGCUCGGCUGGGCUUCCCUGCAGUGCUCGCGUCGGGGGGAGUCCGCACCACCCCGGGCGUCUCCCUCAGCCACCGAAGAAGUCGCCACCGUAGCUGCAGCAGCCGUCCGGAGCCCGAGCCCCCCGGCGCCGCGGGAAGCCCGCCUUCCCCGGAGUUUGGACAGCGUCCUCCUCAGAGGGUCAGCCAUCCCCUCUGCCUCAGCAACCAGGCUCGCCCCCGCCGCGGGGAGAGGUCGGAGCCGGGUUGCAGAGAAAGCCGCGCAGGCGGCGGCGGCGGCGGCGGCUCCCCAUGACCGGCGCUGGCCCUCGCCGGCUCCUCACAUACUUGGCAUAACUCUGCCGCGGGAAGGCGCGGGGGAGGGCGGUGGCGCCGCAGCGCGCAUGCCCCGGAGCCGCGCGCCACGACGGGGCUCCAGGGCAGCCGCCCGCCGAGCUGCGUUCGCAGAGCUGGCUGUGUAAAGGAGAUCUGCAGCAAUUCCUCUUCAAUAAGGAAGAAUCCUUUUAUCCAGAAAAGCAACGCCGGUGUCUCUCUUUUAAAACUAUUUUUCCUUCUUUUUUCUUUUCAAUUAAAGUGUAUUAACAAAAUUAAUUCUUACAUCAAUCAAAAUUUGUAAAAUGGAGCCCUGAAUAUCAUAGUGGCCCUCAUCACCUGGCUUACAAGACUACCAUAUAAAAAUACAUGCUUGCAGGUUUUGAAUAUAAAAAAAUUAACAAACUUCAUAUUAAUUUAAGCAGUGGGUUCAAAAGCAACUGAUUGAAGCUGAGAAACAAUGUAAUCUGGAAAUACCAACUCCCCAAAACAUUUAAUCGUGUGUUCUAGGUAGCAGUUGUAAACUAAAGUACCUCUUGUUGCCACAAAUUAAUUGACCAAUCAGUGAUUGAUAAGAAUCAGUUUUGCCAUUAUCCCUGAUUUCAAAGUUACAUAUUUUAGUGUUUACAUAUUAGGAAGAGCCUUUGAGUUAUAUAUAAAUGUGCUAACAGCACAGUACCUGCAUAUAGUUGGUACUCAAGUACUCAGGAAAUAUUUGCUGGAUAAAUAAGUGCUUGCAUUACUGAAUAAAAAAAAUAAUUUAACUUCCUUUAUUUCCAACUAUA